CUCACCGCAUCUGCACAGGCUGAAACGGAAUCGAAGCGCCAAGAGGCCGAAGUUCGCUUACGUACCCAGUCGAACGAGUUAAAGCGCUUCCAUGACAAGAUUUGCAUGCGCGUGAUGGAGCAAGAGCGACGAAAUCGCCUUGAAGCCCAACGCGCACAGGAAUAUUUGGAUGCGAAAUGUGCUAAAGUUUUUUCAACCACGGAGUCGACGCUGCAGACUGAAAGUACCCCAGUAGCUCGGAUUUCGACUCGCCUGCACUUCCAAAAGCUGAGAGAGAGUAAAAACGACGUGCUAAAGGUACUAUAUCCUGGUGCCGUGGCUAAGUAUCGUGACCAAAACUGA